AUGUGCUGCAAGCAAGGAACGCAGGGUUGCUUGCCGUCGCCACUCGCGGACUUGCCGCCGAAGCCAAGAUUGAAACAGCACACCGCUCACCGUCGCGACGCUCACGACGGCCAAAGUGUGACCACGACGGGUCACUUUGGCCGGAGUUGCCGUGACCCCUCGACCAUUCGAUGUGACGAAACGGCCUGGGACAGCCAUAGUGACCAUUCGGUGUUGACAGCCGUAGUGACUGGGCAAAAAGCACAGCGCGCAGUUCCACCACAGAAAACAAAGACCUAUCCACAGCGAAAGCCGCGGCUUGCGGCGCAUGGGAGCAGCCAUGGAAAGGGACAUCAAGCAAUAAAUCAAGCUCUAAUCAAGCUUUUGGCCGAAUAG